UUUAAAAACCUAAAAAAUCAUUUUCUCUUAUCAUGUUACCAUUUACAUCUUCAUGAAUUUUUUGCCUACUCUACUUCUAUUUUUUUACCUUCUUUUUUGUCUAUUAUAUAGAGAAAUUUUAGUAAUAUUCUUGGGAUCACGCAUCUAAAAAUAGCUAGGCUGUAAUAUUACUUUCACCCAGUUGCUUUUCAUCCACAUAUAUAUCAUUUCAUUAUUUUGUAAUCACUAAUAAUAUAAUUUUUUUAAAAAUUUUACUUUGUUCGAUAUAGAGUCCAGACCAUACAAAGGGAAUUUUGAAGCAAGACACAUCAAGGAUGAACAAUAGUAAGACAGCUAGAAUGAUUAGAAGAUCGAUUAUGCUAGAAAAACGUCAAAGAAGAAACAUUAAAGAAAAUGCCACAGCACUAGGAGAAAUAGAUGUAGGUGCUCAUGAACAAGUUGGAUCUUCUUUACAAAUUGGUUUGAAUAUGCCACCAUGUGAUAGUGAGAGAAUAGCAAGUUCUUCCAAUUUGACCUUGGAUUCAUGGAAUUAUAAUCCAACAAGUCUUGAGAACACAGGUUUUUAACAUAGAAUGGAAUCUGUUCGGUGCAUUAAAGAUCUGAAACCAGAAAUUGAAGAAUGCGCAUUAAAAUGUAGAGUGACUCGCAUAUGGGAUGCUGUAAACACUAAGGCUAACAAUGAUUUCAUUAGCUUGGAUCUAAUAUUGAUUGAUGAGAAGGGAGAUCAAAUUCAUGCAGUUAUCAAGAAAGUACACGCGACCCAUUUUAGACCAUUAAUUCAGGAGGGAAAAAUAUAUGUGAUAUCCAAUUUUAAAGUCCUUCUAAAUAGAUUAUCUUUUAGACCUGUUCAUAAUAAUUAUAUGAUUAGCUUUUAUGCAAUAACAAGUAUCAAAGAGAUCAAAAAUGAUAUUAUUGGCAUUCAAAGGCAUCAGUUUGAGUUUUUGGAUUUUCAUGAUGUCCCAAAGCGUUUGAACAAUGAUCUCCAUUUAACAGGAGAAUUACAGCUCAAUACAACCAGUGCUACAAAAAUUUAUGUGGAUUUGGAUAUAUUAGAAGCUGAACGUUUGCGAUCCAAGUUUGAAAAUGAGACUAUUGCUGUUGAGAAGAAGAAUUUGCGUACAGUGUCUACCACAGAUUCAAAUGACCAAGCAACAAAAAAUCGAAUAACUAUUUCAAAACUUUUAGGAAUUCGGUGGAAUGAAAAUAAACAGGAAAAUAUAUACACAUGUUUGGCUUCAAUUGAAGAGGUGCUCUCCAAAUUUGGCUGGUUUUAUACAUCCUGUUAUAGCUGCCGAAAAAAGUUGCAUAAUAUAGGGAGUAAGCUAUGGUGCAACAAUUGUAACAUGGACAUUGAGUUCCCUGUUCUCAGAUACAAGUUGCAUCUGUUGGUUAAGGAUGAAAGUGGCUCGGCAACUUUUGUUGUCUUUGAUCGAGAAGCAGAAAAGUUAACUAAAGAUAUGGUAAAUUCUGUUAUUGUUUCUUCUUCCAAGGAAUCAAAUGAUAAUUCAAUUCCAAAGGCUAUAAAGAUGGUUGAAGGAAAAAGUUAUGUCUUCCAAAUUCGUCUCAGUGAUUUCAAUUUAAAAGAUGCAAGCCAAACAUUUACUGUAUCAAAAAUUUUCGAAAAUGAUGUAAAUUCUCUAAAUUUACAUCCUGCCAAGGUAAACAAGGAUAAGAAACUACUAACGGAGAAUGAAGACAAAGGAAAAGGUCUGUAGAAUGAAGGUAGCCAAAUUAUUGCGUGGAAACAAGAUGAGGCAACAGGAGAGAUAAUGUCGGCAAAGCGGAUCAAGAAGAAAUGAAUAUGUUAUAUAUUAUAUUACCUUAUUUCAGUGUGAAUUAACAUCUUUAUGUUUUUCAUAUCGUAUUGUCAUGAUUGUAUUGUUGCUAUUACAUUUUCCUAAAAAUUAAUAUUCUCUUUUCUAAUUUAAAAUCAAAAAUUUCAAACUCUAAUAUUUCAA